AAAGAAGCAUCCAAACUCAAUCCUCUCACCUCCACCUCACGUUACCCGGCGCCACCAUCACUACUAACCUUCUUACUCGUCUCCUGAAAUCAAAAUUCCAUUAUGCAACACCAUUUUCAUCACCACCAUCAUCCUUGGCCCAUAUCCCAUCUCUGUAGAUUCUCAUACUCAUACAUCCUUCUUUCCAGACAUGACUCUUCCUCAUGGUUUCUCUUCGGUUAGAAACCACUCUCUUCUACUUAAGACUUCUCACCUCUCCAUACCAAGAUCAGCUAUUGGUUGUUUCUCUCCCAAGGAAUCUCCUUCCUUCAAGAAGAACAGUACUGCCCGAUUCCUUUCUCCUCAGAAACACACUUCACUUCCCCUGAAACUCGUCUCCCCUUUAGCUACCUUCUCUUCUUAUGCUGAGGGAGAAGAGCAACACCAUGACGAUCAACAGAUACAGAAUCCUCACGAGGCUUCCACCACUCCUAAAGAAUCAGAUGGAAAACGUAGCGCAGAAGCUGUUACUGGAGACUUUUCUGGAAUGGCUAAUGCUUUCAACAUCUCGUCCAAAACAGCGAGGGCAAUCACAAUAGUCAUCGCCUUCUCUGCUCUCUCCUUACCCCUCUUCAUGAAAUCCCUGGGACAAGGACUCGCUCUCAAGACCAAGAUUCUCUCUUACGCCACACUACUCUUUGGUUUCUACAUGGCGUGGAACAUCGGAGCUAAUGACGUGGCCAAUGCCAUGGGGACUUCCGUUGGAUCCGGAGCACUAACAAUCCGGCAAGCUGUGAUCACGGCUGCAGUGCUUGAAUUCUCAGGUGCUCUUUUGAUGGGAACUCACGUGACUAGCACGAUGCAGAAAGGGAUUCUCAUGGCUAAUGUGUUCCAAGGGAAAGAUAUGUUGCUUUUCGCGGGUCUUCUCUCUUCCUUGGCUGCCGCUGGAACUUGGUUACAGGUGGCUUCUUACUAUGGAUGGCCAGUAUCCACAACUCACUGCAUCGUCGGGUCAAUGGUUGGGUUUGGAUUAGUCUACGGUGGAGCUGGUGCUGUAUUCUGGAGUUCUUUAGCUAAAGUGGCUUCAUCUUGGGUCAUCUCUCCUGUAAUGGGAGCUCUAGUCUCCUUCCUUGUCUACAAAUGCAUCAGGAGAUUUGUUUACAGUGCACCAAACCCAGGACAAGCCGCCGCAGCAGCAGCUCCCGUCGCCGUAUUCGUAGGCAUAGCAAGCAUCUCCUCAGCCGCAUUCCCCUUAAGCAAAACCUUCCCCAUAGCUCUAUCACAAGCCUUAGCCUGUGGAGCAGCAGGAGCCAUCAUUUUCGACCGAAUCAUCCGCAACAAGCUGGGCCCUCUCCUAGCUAAAACCAAAACAAAACCGCUAGACACAUCAUCCCAACCCCAGCCCAAAGAAAUAGGCUUCCUCUCAGACAUCGCAGGCCCAACGGGGACACAACUCAAAAUAGUCUACGGAGUCUUCGGCUACAUGCAAGUCCUCUCCGCAUGCUUCAUGUCCUUCGCUCACGGAGGCAACGACGUCUCCAACGCAAUAGGCCCACUAGCCGCAGCCUUAAGCAUCCUCCAACGAGGAGCAGGGUCAGGAGGUGGUGGUGGGGAGAUAGUGAUUCCACUCGACGUUCUCGCGUGGGGAGGGUUCGGGAUCGUCGCGGGGCUCACGAUGUGGGGGUACAGAGUGAUUGCGACGAUAGGGAAGAAGAUCACUGAGCUUACGCCGACGAGGGGGUUCGCUGCGGAGUUUGCUGCAGCGACUGUGGUUUUGUUUGCUUCGAAGUUAGGGCUUCCGAUAUCGGCGACGCAUACGUUGGUUGGAGCGGUGAUGGGUGUUGGGUUUGCGAGGGGGCUUAAUAGUGUGAGGGCGGAGACGGUUAAGGAGAUUGUGGCUUCGUGGCUUGUUACGAUUCCUGUGGGAGCUACGCUUGCUGUGGUGUAUACUUGGGUUUUUACCAAGAUUUUAGCUUUUGUGUUGUGA